UCAUAUCAUUUUUUCAAUAGUUGGUCUAUUUGACUAUUGGUGAGAGGGAAAUAGAAAAGAGAGAAUAUUAGGAUGGGAAGAGGGAAAGUGGAGCUGAAGAGGAUAGAGAACAAGAUCAACAGGCAAGUUACUUUUGCAAAGAGAAGGAACGGUUUACUUAAGAAGGCUUAUGAGCUUUCUGUACUUUGUGAUGCUGAGAUUGCUCUUCUCAUUUUCUCUAACCGUGGCAAGCUCUACGAAUUUUGCAGCAGCCCUAGUUAUCAUAUUGUUGUAUACAUUAGUGGUAUGGCCAAGACGAUUGAGAAGUAUAGAAAACAUAGUUAUGCAACAAUGGAUCCAAAUCAAUCAGCUGAAGACUUGCAGGAAAAGUACCAAGACUACUUGAACCUCAAAUCAAGAGUUGAGAUCCUUCAACAUUCACAAAGGCAUUUGCUAGGUGAAGAGAUAGCCGGGAUGGGAGUGAAUGAGCUUGAGCAGCUAGAAUGCCAAGUAGAUACAUCACUAAGACAAAUAAGAUCCACAAAGGCUCGGUUUAUGCUUGAUCAAUUAUCUGACCUCAAAACAAAGGAGGAAAUGCUAUUGGAAACCAAUAGAGAUCUUAAGAGAAAGUUGGAGGAAGACAAUGCAACGCUUACUCAAUCGCUAUGGGGAGCUUCUUCUUCUGCAGAACAUUCCCAACAACAACAGCAACAACAAGGCAUGAGCUCUUAUCAAACAAACCUUCCAACUCAAGAAGCUGGUUUCUUCAAUCCUUUACAAGGCAAUGUAGCAUGGCAGAUGAGUCAUUACAAUCCUGGUGUGACAAAUGCAAGCGACUCUGCAACAACAUCCCAGAAUGUUAUUAAUGGAUUCUUCCCUGGGUGGAUGGUCUGAAGCAAUAAUACAUAUGUAUGUAUACAUGUGUGUGUUUUAUAGAUCAAAAAUCAUUGCUUGUGUAAUUUAAUUAUUGCAAGGGCCGGAAACAUAGUUCUUGAUUACAAACUAUGUUAUAGAAUCAGGAGCUGAAUGUCAUACUCUCAGAUUAUUACCUUUUUGAAUAUAUAACAAUG